AUGACGCCUGGAAAGACCAAGAAGAGCUCCUCGGGCAACGAAUACUUAGCUACGCUCUUCACGGAAAAUACUCUCAACAAGACGAUCGAUCAGCUCAAGGCUGAGUUUGCCGAGGUCCCCAGGCACGUGGGCAAGGACGACAUGCAGGCGUUCCUGAAGAACGGGCCCAAGAAUCGGUCACCGGAUGUGCCAUGCGUCGACAAGUCGCGCGUCAUCCUAAAGCACUACGGCCCCAACUACAUCCAUGCCAACUACGUGCAUCUGUACGGCUCGACUUUCAUCUGCGCGCAGUUGCCGACCAGCGAGACUGUCGCCGACCACUGGCUGAUGAUCAUGCAGGCCGAUUGCGAGUGCAUAGUAACGCUCAGCGACCCCAGUGAAAGCGACAAGUUCACCCCCUACUGGCCGACCCGCGAAAAUCGGAUCAAGAAGCUUGGCGACUUCACGAUCCGAAUGUCGUGUCUGGACCACCACCUGUCGCCCACGCUGCAGGGCUCCGUCACGUGGUCCCAGUACGACGUGUCGCUGGAUGGAAAGGACAUACAACGCAUUGACCACUAUCACUGGACGGACUGGCCGGCGGGUGGGGUGCCCCGAGACUUUGCUGGCCCCAUCGAACUGCUGCUCAAGCCUGUGUCAUACACUAGCAAACCAAUCCUCGUCGAAUCGUUGCUGGGCGUCGGCCGCCCCGGCGUACUGGCCUUGUUGAAGUACGCGCUCGACCGCACCAAACCCCACUACUGCUUUGCCGGGUUUUUGGAUGAAGACCUGCAAUAUCUGCGCGAGUAUCGGGCCCACCUCGUCGAGACGCCUUGGCAGUACAUCUACGUAUGCAUGGCCCUUCUCCAGCACUUCGAACAGAUGCCUGGCCGCGGGUUCACCGACGAGAGGAAGAAGAAGUUCAAGGAUGAAUGGGCGCCCGCCUACCACAAGUUCGCGAAGGAGGCGGAGGCCCAGCUGAAGCGAGAUGCCGCAAAGAAGAAG